CCAUUAUUUUAGAAACUAUGUUCAUAAUUUAAUUGGGAGAAUUGAAUCAGAAAAAAAAAAUAUUAAUUUUACUUUUGUACGAAGAAUUGUAAGAAAUUUUAUGAGAAAGCAUCAAUUAAUAUUAGACAGAGUACAUACAAUAUUCAUAAUAUUUAUUUUGAUAUUUUAAAAACAGACAACAGUCCAUAGAAAUAGACAAUAAAUAUAUUAUUAAGUUCGAUAAAAUAUGUACUAGUUAUGGCAGAAGAAAAUAAAAAAGUGUAUUUAACUAUACCGUUCCCGACUUCUGAUGAUGCACAAUUGGCUUAUGAAGUAUUGAAUGUAGAUAAGGAAUUAAAAGGUGUAGAACGAAAUAUUUCUACUGAUAAAGCCAAUCUCAUUGUAAAUUUUGAAAGCAGUGACUUUAAAAGAUUACGGGUAACAGUGAAUGGAUUUCUACAAAAUGUAAUUUUAGUGACAAAAACUAUGGGAAUGUUCAAUGGUAACUAAUAUAUACAGACAAGAUGCCAGAACAUACACCAGCACCAACACCUGCAAGAUCAUUGUAUGGCUUUUUUAUGUAUUUGUUUAGUAAAACAUUUUUGACAGUAUAUUGUCUAUGGGCUAUAAUUCCAGAUCAAUAUUUAUAUCAUUUAAAUAUUUACUACUUCCCCCAAAAAUAUUGGUCAACAGCAGUUCCAAUUCAAUGUCUGGUAGCAUUGACAUUAUUUGCUUUCAUUAUCUAUCCUAGUGCUAAUUUAAUAUUGACAUGCCCAAUUGACAGUAAAAGCACUAUUUGUGAUAAAUUUAGCAGUACUCAUUGUAACAAUAAUAAAAACCGUGAGUGUAAACCAACCUUUUGUAUAUGUACAAAUGAAAAAAAAUGUAUGAAAAAUCAUUACUCUGCUUCGCCUCAAGAGUACGAAGAAAAUACUGUAAAUCAAUUGCAUGAUAUUGAUAUGCGAUAUGUGUGUAAAAAGUUAUAUCUAUUUGAUUCAAAAUAAAACUUUGUUAUAAUUUA